AGUAAAAUAUAUUUAGUUGGUGUUCUUUUAUCAUUAAAGUUUAGGAACCCCAGCAUUAUAUCAUACAUGACAAUUAGAUGAAUUAGACAUGACUGUAUGGGUAAAAUACCAUUGCCUUUCCUAAAAGAAAAAAAAUCAAUCGUUCUACUCUUUCGUGGCCAUUCACUUUUCAUUCAUUAAAAUUUUAUAUAAAAAUAAACAUCACCCUUAAAUUCGUAUUAUUUACUAAUUCUAUUAUAUCUACACUAAAUGAAAGAAUAAAUGAGUCUUUAAUUAACCUUUAUCUUACCUAGUAUUUAAUUAUUACCACAUUUGAUAAUGGAUAACAUUAAUAGAACUUCAAGUGAAAAUGGGAAAGUAUCUUUCGACCCUGGCUGGAACGAUCCCCCGAAAUUUUCAUACAAUGCCCAGCAGACUACGCCGAAUAGGCCUCGCAACUUCCUGAACAAGAGAGUCCCUUUUCCUUUAUCGAGCACAGGCGCGAGCCCUGCGCCACCUCCACCAGUCAACCUGCCCCCUAUACCAGGUGGCUUGUCACCUGCACCAGUACACAUCACUUCUAAACCUGAACUUGAUCAGGAUAUUAAUAUUGAUAGUGGAAGUGCCCUCAUAGAGGUGAAAGACAUUCUCUUAACAUUGUUAGAUACUAGUAGUGAAUUGGAAAAUAAAGCAAAUGACAUUAAAAGAAGAAUAUGCAUUAUGGAGGAAAUGUGGAAAAGUGGGAAAUUGAAUAAAAGUAUACAUUUGCAUAUAAGAAAUUUAGCAUAUGCUUUGAAGAAUGAUGAACCCCAAAAAGCAGAUGAGAUACAUCGGGCCCUGAUGGUCGACCAUGUGAGUGCAGUUGGCAGCUGGAUGCCAGGAGUUAAACAAUUAAUCCAUAGCUCUAUAGCUCGCUGUGAACUAUUGGCAAUAGACAAGGAUUAACAUCCAUACUACAUAUUUAUUAUAUUUGUUUAUUGAGAAAGCCCAUUUCCAUAGAAUUUACUAUACAUAUACUGGCUGAGUAAUGAUACCUAAUAUCAGAUAAUUAAUGAAUAUUAAACAAAACUUGUAUUUAUUGAGUCAUUAUAAUAUAUGUACCUAAUCAAUGUAAAUAACUGUGUUAAAUGUGUAUUAGUUAAUUAAAAAGUCAACAUAUUUGUUAGUUUUAGGUAUAUGUGUUUUAUCUCUGUAACGAUUCCUUCUCAACUUGGAUUCUAAUUAGCUUUUGAUUCAACCCUUUAAAUCUCAAUGCUACUAAAAUAAAAAUACAGUAUUAUAUUCAAUAAUAAAUUGGCAAAGGGCUAAACACAUACUUCUUAUGGUGUGCAAUGAAUUGAGUAAUUCACCUAAUAUUAAGCAAAAUAUAUGUGAUUCUUAAUAUAGUACUAUAUUAUUCAAUAAUUAAGUCAUUAAGCUUUACAUAAUACAAAAAGUGUUACGUAAAAACUUGUAAUUAUAUUGUAAAAAAUAUGGAGAAUUUAUAAUAAAAGUGAUAUGAUAUUACUGUACAACUUUAUUUAUUUUUUAUUACAUAUUUGAAAGUUCGAGAUUAUUAUUUAUAUGUUAAGAAUAAAUUCUCAUCUAUUAGCUGAUAUCAAAAUUACAGUAAUAAUAUUGGUCUUGAAGUCAAGUCUUAUCAUACCAAGUUAAUUCUCUUUAUCGUAAAACAUUGUAAAAUAACUGA